AAUUGUGAGAAUUUUUCAUUCUUGUAAAAAUAAAUUGAUGAAAAAUUCAGGACAGAAGUAUUCGUUAACUCCUUCCCCCCCAUACAUAGACAUAGCCCGGAGAAAGCAGCACCGGCCUUCUUACAUAUUAUAGGCAGUCAGGCAGUUAGUCAGGGAGAUAGACGAGACGAGACUUGAAAGAGAACAGAGAGAGACGGAGAAAGAGAGAGAGGGUGUAAGAGGACAGAGGCCAGUUCCCAGGCUGGGAUGUUAGGAUACAGAGGCUGACUAGGACACUAGGCCUCCUGGCCUCCGUUAAACUUCAAAUAAAGAAACCUGAAUCAAGGAAGUUUUAGUUAAACCACAUCCGUCCUUCUAGUUUAAUAAGAAACAGAACAUUUUAAAAUUUUUGAUAUUUAUCAAGAAAAUUAACCUUGAAAUGUUGCUAGAGUGUAUCACUAUCCGCACCAAGAAUUCGUCAAUUUAAUCUUGUAGCAGAUAAAGUGAAGUGUAAGAUUUGUCAAUAUACAUUCUUUCAAAUGUAAAUCUGAACAUUGUCUGAACUUUUAUCCGUGAAGAAAACUGAAAAACCUUAAAUCUGAUUCUAAGUCUGAGUCAAUGGUUAAAACCUGUAUAAAGUUGACCGGAUUAAAAUUAGCAAAGCUAAACCAGUACAUGGAGAAAAGCUUAACCUGGUCCCGGAGAAAAGCUUGAUGUCCGCGGGAGAUCUGGUGGCUUGUAUUCAAGGGUAUAUUGGGACAGUGGGUAUAAACGCUGAGCUGGACGAACUUGAAGUUUCAAACCUUGAUAUAUCCGUUUUCGUCAUGUUCUGUGUUCAGUUAAUGGUAAACCUUCUGCUGAUUGUGGGAGCUGUAAAGAGAAUUCCUAAUCAUGUUUUUCCUUGGCUCUGUGCUAAUGCCAUCGUUAUAGCCUUACUUAUGGUGAUGAUAUUCAUGCUUGUGUUUCUGGGUGCCUCUAGGAACUCCCUGAGCUACCACCAGUACGUGAGCUCCCUCUCUCUCAUCUCCAUUCUUGUGAUGACAGAUAUGUUUUGCUGCAUCGUAGUUUUUCAGUUCAGGAAGAAUUUACUGCUGGAGGAGAGGAUCCGUUUAGAAGAGAUAGCCCGAAGGAGUGCUGGAGUUUUUAUACCUAGUUCCCCCCCUCCUCCUCCCUACGAGGAGGCUGCCCCUGGACAGACCCCUGCCAAGGUGCCCCUUGAGGCCCUGGAGGACCCCCCUCCAGAAUAUGAGGCUGCGCUAGCUAUGCUCUCCUCCCCACCUCCUCCUGGACCCCAGCUUAGGAAGAAAUCCCUAACUAAUCACGAGGUUUAAGUAUUCAGACCCUCCUGGAUACUAAUAUAUCCUGGUUCAAGGUUUUAGAAUAAAUCCAGGACUGGGAUCUAGAAACGAAGUGCCAUUUUUCAGGAUUCAGAUUCAUGUUUGCAGGAUUCUGUACAGUCAAAUGAUGUCAAUUUAAGGAUUUUGGAUUUUAAGGAUUUAGUUCUCAGAAUUUUGAAUUAAGAAUCAAGGAUUUUGGAUAAAGAAUCCAAGGUUAUGGAUGUAGAAGCAAGGUUUUUGGUCGUAAAUACUAGGAUUGUGUUUGCAGAAUAAGGUUUCUGAAAUCCUGGUUUUCAGAUUAUGGUUUAGAUUUCUGCAUGGAACUAGAAUUUGGGACCUGGGUCCAGAUUUCUGCAUAGAACUAGAAUCUGGGACCUGGGUCCAGGUUUCUGCAUAGAACUAGAAUCUGGGACCUGGGUCCAGAUUUCUGUAUGGAACUAGAAUUUGGGACCCAUGGGUCCAGAUUUCUGCAUGGAACUAGAAUUUGGGACCUGGGUCCAGAUUUCUGCAUAGAACUAGAAUCUGGGUCCAGAUUUCUGCAUAGAACUAGAAUUUGGGACCUGAGUCCAGGUUUCUGCAUGGAAAUAGAAUUUGGGACCUUGAUCCAGAUUUCUGCAUAGAACUAGAAUCUGGGUCCAGAUUUCUGCAUAGAACUAGAAUUUGGGACCUGGGUCCAGGUUUCUGCAUAGAACUAGAAUCUGGGACCUGGGUCCAGGUUUCUGCAUAGAACUAGAAUCUGGGACCUGGGUCCAGAUUUCUGCAUGGAACUAGAAUUUGGGACCUGGGUCCAGAUUUCUGCAUAGAACUAGAAUCUGGGACCUGGGUCCAGAUUUCUGCAUAGAACUAGAAUCUGGGACCUGGGUCCAGGUUUCUGCAUAGAACUAGAAUCUGGGACCUGGGUCCAGGUUUCUGCAUAGAACUAGAAUCUGGGACCUGGGUCCAGGUUUCUGCAUGGAACUAGAAUCUGGGACCUGGUUCCAAGUUUCUGUUCUCCAAAUCCUUGUUUCUAGUUUCAGGAUCUUGUAAUGGAUUAAAAAUGUAUCCUUGUGAGUUUAUUGUACAAUAUAUAUAUAUGUACACCUGUAGAGCGUACAAUGUACAUGUCGUUAUCAACACUAAUUCAACCAAUGGUUGUUAAAACUUAUUUAGAGUAUGUGACAAAAACUAAAUUUCUUUCUGGCCAUAUUUAAAGUGUAAUUAGUUUCCCCUCGUAGGAGUUUUUAAAGUGUUUAAACUCCUUGAAAAUAAUCCUUAGAGCUGUGAUUUUCAAGUUUAUUGGUCAAUGUUAUGUAAGCGUAUACUACUGUUAAAUAAACGUUCAUACAAAAUCAAA